AUGCGCCCCUGUACCGCCUCCUCAUGCUGCUGCCAGGCCCGUAAUCUGCCAUGGGCCCCCGUACCGACUCCUCAUGCUGCUGCCAGGCCCGUAAUCUGCCAUGGGCCCCUGUACCGCCUCCCCAUGCUGCUGCCAGGUCCAGAGUGUGUCAUGGGUCCCCUGUACGGCCUCCCAUUGCUGCUGUCUCUAUCGCCACACUCUGCCAUGUGCCACUUUCAGGUCUCCUCACACUGCUGGUGGUUUCCAUUUUUGUCAUAGGGUGCUGUAUGGCCUCCCAUUGCUGCUGCCUCCACCGCCACACUGUGGCUCCACACUCUGGUUUUGGCCCCGUGACUGCCCAAAUGAGUGAAGUGUGCGGUGAUUCUAAGAUCGACGGCACUCAUCUGCAUGUCAUACUGACUGACAGUAUUAUUUCUCUUCCCCAGCAGACUCCAAGGGCAUUUAAAUUAAAGGUACAGUGUUCAGCACUAAUAUUA